AUCCUUUUCACGGCUGUUCUUGAUGCCCAUAUCACCACUACUACUUCUCCUCAGCUAUUGUGCACCUGCGGUGUCUGGCCAAUGUCUCAGCGAUCAGCAAUCCCUGUUGCUCCUUUUGAAGAACAGUCUGGUGUUCAACAAUAGUUUGUCCACAAAACUAGUGCAUUGGAACAAAAGUACCGGUUGUUGUUCCUGGGAAGGUGUAACCUGCCGUGAAGGACGUGUUAUUGGGCUCGACUUGAGCAGUGAAUCCAUCUCGGGAGGACUUGACAAUUCCAGCAGCCUCUUCAGUCUUCAACACCUCCAGAAUCUAUGUUUGGCAUAUAACAUCUUCAACUAUGCUCAGAUUCCGUCAGGGUUUGACAAAUUGACGAGUUUGAGACAUUUGAGCCUAUCAAAUGUUGCCUUUGCAGGUCAAAUUCCGAUUGAGCUUUCGAGUUUGACAAGGUUGGUUAUUCUCAAUUUAUCUACCCUUCACUUCCCUGGAAUUCCCCUCCUAAAGCUUGAGAAUCCAAAUUUAGAGAUGUUGGUUCAGAACUUUACGGAGCUUAUGGAACUUCAUCUCGAUGGUGUAAAUAUCUCAGAACAAGGGUCCGAAUGGUGCGAGACUUUAUCAUCAUCACUGACCAAUUUGAGGGUAUUGAGCUUGUCAAAUUGCAAUCUUUCAGGCCCUUUGAAUCCCUCCUUGUUAAAGCUUCAAUCCCUCUCAAGUAUUCGUUUGGAUAAUAACAACUUGUCUGCUGCAGUGCCGGAGUUCUUCGCAAAUUUCACAAAUUUGACGUCCUUGCCCACACUAGAGGUUCUUGACUUGUCUAGUAAUCCACAAAUCCGUGGUUCCUUGCCAGAUUUUCCUCAGAAUGGGUAUCUUCGAACCCUGGUACUUGGACACACAAAUUUCUCGGGAAAAUUGCCGCAUUCUAUCGGUAACCUUACCAUGUUGUCUAGAAUGGAUUUUUCAAGGUGCAAUUUCGGCGGAUCAAUUCCAACUACAAUGGCAAAUCUUAUCCAAUUGCUUUAUUUGGACAUGUCAUUGAACAAUUUCAAUGGACCAAUUCCAUCCUUCAACAAGGCCAUGAACCUGACUCAAAUAAACCUUUCUUAUAACGAUUUAACAGGUCAGAUUACUUCUACUCACUUGCAAGAGCUGAAGAAACUGGUAAACCUUGACUUGCGUUACAAUUCAUUGAAUGGGAACAUUCCAGUUCCUCUGUUUUCCGAUUUAUCAUUGCAGUAUCUGCAACUUUCCUACAACCAAUUUUCUGGUGAACUCAAUCAAUUUCCCAACAUUUCUUCUAAUGUAUUGAAAUACCUUGAUUUGAGCAGCAACAAUUUGGAAGGGGCAAUCCAUGUGUCUGUCUUUAAUCUUCAACGUCUUAAGGUCCUCUCACUUUCUUCAAAUAACUUCAAUGGCUCUUUCAAGCUAAAUAUGAUCGAGCAGUUGAGAAAUCUUUCCAGUCUUGAUCUUUCCUACAACAGCUUAUCAAUUGAAUAUGAUAGAACUGAUUCUCCGUCCCCCUCCUUUCCCAACAUCACCACGUUAAAAUUGGCUUGCAGCAAGUUGAAAAUAUUUCCUGGUUUUUUGAGAAACCAAUCCAAAUUAACAGUUCUAGACCUUUCAGAUAACGAGAUUGGUGGAGAGAUACCCAACUGGUUAUGGAAACUGCCUUUUCUUCAAAGGUUAAAUCUUUCUUUUAACAAUUUGGUGAGUCUAGAAGUAUCUUCACUCAAUGUCUCUCCUCUGGUUUUGUUGGACAUUCGUUCCAACAGACUCCAGGGGCAACUCCCAGAUCUCCCACCAUCUGCCACAUAUUUGGACUUCUCGAGGAAUAAUUUCAGCUCUGUCAUACCAAAUAACAUUGGUGACUUCCUUUCUUAUGCUUAUUUCUUUUCUCUUUCAAGCAAUAAAUUCAAAGGGAGUAUACCUGUAUCAAUUUGCAAUGCAACAUACCUCGAAGUUCUAGAUCUGUCUAAUAAUUCCUUCAGUGGCAUGAUUCCGGAAUGUUUGGUUCGGAUGAGUAGUACUCUUGGGGUGCUGAAUCUAGGGAGAAACAAUCUCCAUGGCAUGGUUCCCAAUACAUUUCCAGACAACUGUGGAUUGCAAACUUUAGAUCUCAAUGGAAACCAACUUGUAGGGCAUAUACCUAAAUCUAUGGCAAAUUGCACAAUGUUGGAGGUCUUUAAUAUCGGUAACAACCACAUUGAGGACAUCUUCCCAUGUCACUUGAAGAACGCAUCCGUAUUGCGUGUCCUUGUUUUGCGCUCUAACAACUUUAGGGGCUCCCUUGGUUGUCCAGGAGAUAAUGCCACUUGGCCUAUGCUUCAAAUUUUGGGUGUAGCUUCGAACAAUUUCACUGGUAAGCUUCCAAUAAAAUCCUUUCAUGCCUGGAAGGCUAUGUCGAAAAGUGAAGAUGAUGCCAAAUCAGAGGUCAAUCACCUUCGAUUUAAACUCACUUUGUUUGAAAACUUUUAUUAUCAAGAUGCGGUCACAGUUACCGUUAAAGGUCUAAGUAUCGAAUUUGUGAAGAUUCUAACGCUUUUCACCUCGAUUGACUUUUCCUACAAUAACCUGGAGGGGCCAAUACCAGAAGCAUUUGGUGGACUCUCAACACUAAUCGUUCUAAACUUGUCGCAUAAUGCUCUUUCAGGACAAAUCCCGAAAUCUCUGGCAAACUUGAAACAGUUGGUGUCAUUGGACUUGUCAAUCAAUAAUAUUACAGGGGAGAUUCCUACACAACUUGCAGAAAGUCUUAUUUUCCUUUCAGUCCUAAACCUCUCCUUUAAUCAACUGGUGGGGCGGAUUCCAAUGAUCAAACAAUUUUCUACUUUUUCAGAAAGUUCCUACGUAGGGAACAAAGGAUUGUGUGGCUUCCCUCUUAAGGAAAUUUGCAAUGCUGGAGGGACAACACGGUCGACUCCACCUGACUCGAAUUCUAAGAAAGUGAUUGGAAGGAAGUUUCUAAGUGUUGAACUAGGAUUUAUUUUUGGCUUAGGAAUUAUCAUCGGGCCCCUGUAUUGGAAAAGGUGGAGGUUUUGGUAUUUCAAACAAGUCGAUGACAUUCUUUACAAGAUCUUUCCGAAGCUGUAUAUGAACAGAGAAGCAUACCCUCAUAGAAUUACAAGUAGAAAUCGAAGGCCAAGACGUCAGUGAUCAGAUUCCUUAGGCUUUUCAGUGGGAAACCGUCAAAGGUGAGGGUAUGUGGAGAGAUGCAACCAUGUGACGUGGUUUUUCGAGUUGCAUCAUAAAGCAGAAUAAAGUGCCAUGGAAACCAUGUGAUUGGAAGAUAGUAGCAUCCUAGCUUU